GACCAGAAUUCAUGUAGGGUUAUAGCCAGUGAAUUUGACAUGAAAAUGACGACCGGAUUGACCAAGACUUCACUGGAGGAAGAGAAAUGUGAUGAUAUAUUGACUUGCUCGAUAUGUUUGGAGUUUUUCAAGGAGCCCAAAUAUCUACCGUGUUUACAUACAUUUUGUAAGUCGUGUUUGCAAGCAUAUAUAUAUAUAACAACUGACGAAAAUGAAAACGAACUACCAUCCGAUGUAUGUGAAAAGAACGAUAGCUGUAAUUCUUCAGGUGAGAGAAGCUUUUUAUGUCCAGUGUGCAGAAUGAAAAUUGAAUUCGACGAAGAAAAGGGUGACAGGAAAACCUGGAUCGAGCACAUACCUAGCAACCAUUUUAUCGUCAGCAUGUUGGAUAAACGAGCAAUAAGAAUAAUGGAAAAGACGUGUGAUCCAUGCUUAACACAGGGGGUACAGGAGAAAGCAGUGGCUUGGUGUUUAAACUGCACGGAGGCGCUCUGCGAAAAAUGCAAAGACUAUCACAAGAAAUUUAAGCUUUUUCAAAACCAUCGAGUCGUUGGACUUGGUGAAGAGGUUCUAGAUAAGUAUGACGUAUCUGGAUUUAUACCUUGUCUCGAACAUCCCUCGGAACCUGCUAGAAUCUACUGCAAAGAUCACAAAAUUCACUGCUGUACUAUUUGUGCUGCUGUCGAUCACAGAAAAUGUGUUGAUGUUUGUUCAAUUGAAAAUGCUGCAAAAGGAGUGAAACAAAAUCCAGAAACUUCUAAGUUGAUGAACCGAAUAAGUCAGCUUAAAGCCAUCUUAAGAGAAAUGGUAAGUUCUGGUAAGGGGGCGAAGGUAGAACUACAGAUAGAGGCAUCUGAAAUUGAGAAAGUUAUAACAGAUUUUCAGGAAAGUAUCAAGAAACAUCUAGACGAGGUUUGUUUAACCUUGCUUGAUGAUCUAAAAUCUCAGCUAGAACUUUGCAACACCCAGAUAGGUUCCGACGUGGACGGAAUGUCACAUGUGCUGUUAAGAGUGGAGCAGAUAGGUUCAGUGCUUCAAACUUGCAUUGACUGUGGUUCAGAUGUAGAAUGUCUUAUUGAAAGAAAAAAUGUCUGUGAAAUUGAAGAGAAACUCCAACACAGCACAAAGGGAUUUUGUAACAAAAAUUUCGUCUGCGCUCUAAAUUUCAAACCAAGCCAGUCGUUUUUUGCUCUGAAAACCUCUCUGAACUCAUUAGGUGAUCUUGAAGUGGAAACAAGAAAUUAUGGCACACUGCCGUCUGUUUUUAGAAAUGGAGAAAUUUCUUUAUUGAAACUUGUGAGAUUUGAAAAGAAGUUUGGUUUCUGUAAUGCCGCAUUUCUAAAUUGUAACAUCAUAGUGAUAAUAAUCCAGUACUCUAGCUUUAUCCAGUUUUGUGAUACUGAGCUGAAUGAACUUCCAGACAAAGUCGUGGAACUAGAAGACUAUCCAUGGGACUUGUCUGUAGACGACAAUGAAGGCAUAUUUAUCUCUCUUCCUAAAAAGCAGAAAGUUGUUCGGAUCGACGCGAACACUUGCCAGAAAACGUUCGAGAUUCGUACUUCAACGACAUGCCAAGGAGUGUCAUACCUUUGGGACACGAUAUUUUAUUCCGACCGUUGGAAGGUUCAAAAGAAAAGUGCUGAGGAAGAAACUGAAAUAUAUCCACAUAGCACAAAAUUACUAGCAUGUGACCCAGUUCACAAAAAUAUUCUUUUUGGGACUAGUCAUGCUGUAAUGAGCUAUUCCAUUUCAGAGCAGAAAACAAAGGAACUCUAUACCGAUUCUGAGCUGAAUGCCGUAAGGGGUAUUACUACUGACUGUGUGGGUAACAUAUAUGUCGUCCAUGAUAAAUCAAGUUGUAUUUUCCAGUUGUCUCACGACGGACAAUUAAUUAGAAAAAUAAAUAUCCCUGCCGUAGGAGUAAAUAAACUAUGGAGUAUCAACGUCGAGAAAAAUGGAACAAGAUGUCUUGUCACUAACACAGAGGGAGCAGUUUUGCUUCUUGAUUUAUUACGUCACAAAAAUAGACCUGAGACAGAGAAUAGAUAGAAUUGCAUGUUUGGAGUGUGUUCGAAUGCGCUAAAUGUGAA